UCAUUGCGCGAGUCGAGUGAACCCACAGUUUAGUGCUGACUAUGGUUUACAGAACAUCUGCCAGCAGCACCAUUGUACCACAGUGCAGCUGUCACCAUUACUUAAUCCGCUUUGGUUUGCAGCAAAAAGCAAAUUGAGCAAGACAACUCAACAGCGCUGAACCCCUGUGCCCUGGUCAUCGAUUCAGAACGGUCAGGGGUGGACUUUGCCCACAAUUUUUGGACUCUUUUGGGGAAUGCUAAAGAGGAGGAUACGCUAUUUGGAACAUGUUACUGGGAAAAUUGUUAGUUGUUCUCUUCGCACUCCUUACGGGAUCCAGUGUUAGUGUGGCAUAUGUCUUUCAAGCAAGUCGACCUGGAGAAGAUGCAGGAUCUCCGCCACAAACCAAAACUAUCUCAGACUCCCUGUGGGUUAGCUCAGCAGGAUCAUGUAAGGGCAGAUGUUUCGAAUUGGAAGAAGCUUUACCGCCAGGUUGCAGAUGUGACAACUUGUGCAAAACCUACUACAGCUGCUGCUCAGAUUUCGAUGAGCACUGUUUAAAAACAGCGGGUGGCUUUGAGUGCAGUGAAGAUCGCUGUGGGGAGAUGAGGAAUGAUGAACAUGCAUGCCACUGCUCAGAAGAUUGUCUGAAGAAAGGAGACUGCUGCACCAACUACAAAGCCCUCUGCAAAGGAGACACUAAAUGGGUGGAUGGUGAGUGUGAGGACAUCACAGGCCCUGAAUGUCCUGCAGGUUUUAUCCGUCCUCCUCUGAUCAUGCUGUCGGUGGAUGGGUUCCGGGCCUCCUAUAUGAAGAAGGGCAAAGCGGUGAUCCCCAACAUGGAGAAACUGAGAACAUGUGGCACUCAUGCACCCUACAUGCGACCAGUGUACCCCUCCAAAACUUUCCCCAAUUUGUAUACUCUUGCCACGGGGCUUUAUCCUGAGUCUCAUGGAAUAGUGGGAAACUCGAUGCACGACCCCGUGUUUGACGCCAAUUUCCACUUGAGGGGGAGGGAGAAACUGAACCACCGCUGGUGGGGUGGCCAACCUAUCUGGAUCACUGCAGAGAAGCAAGGGGUGAAGGCAGGCACCUUCUUCUGGCCAUGGGUGAUUCCACUGGAGAGGAGAAUCCUGACCAUCUUGCGUUGGCUAAGUCUGCCUGACGAUGAGAGGCCCUAUGUGUACGCUGUCCACUCAGAGCAGCCAGACACCUUCGGACACAGACUGGGGCCCUUCAGCAAUGAGUUGGACAACCCCCUGAGGGAGAUUGAUAAUGUCAUUGGACAGCUGAUGAACGGCCUGAAGCAGAUGAACCUACACCGCUGUGUCAACAUCAUUGUCGUUGGAGACCAUGGAAUGGAGGAGGCCCACUGUGAUAGGACUGAGUUCCUCAGUACCUAUCCUGUGAACGUGGAUGAGAUCAAUCUGAUCCCUGGAUCUCUUGGGAGAAUCCGGGCCCGGGAUCCCAAAUCAACCACCUAUGAUCCAAAAGUAGUUGUGGCAAAUCUUACAUGUAAAAUGCCAACCCAGCACUUUAAGCCUUACUUGAAACAACACCUCCCGAAACGGCUUCACUACGCCAACAACCGCAGAAUUGAGGCUGUCCACUUACUCAUGGAGAGAAAGUGGCACGUUGCUUGGAAAGUACCUGAAAACAGGAGGCAUCCUGGGAGAUGUGGUUUCUUUGGUGACCACGGAUUUGACAAUAAGAUCACCAGUAUGCGGACAAUCUUUUUGGGCUAUGGACCAAGCUUUAUGUUCCAGACCAAAGUGGCAGAAUUUGAAAAUAUUGAGUUGUACAAUGUCAUGUGCGACCUCCUGGGCUUAGUCCCUGCCCCUAACAAUGGAACCCAUGGCAGUCUGAAUGACAUGCUGAAAGCUCCUCCUUUCACACCGAUCAUGCCAGAGGAAGUGACCGCACCCACCACCUCUGACGCCACCUCUGCCACAACCUACGACUUGGGAUGUAGCUGUGACAAUGAGAACAAAGUAGAGGAGAACAAUCAGAGAUUCAGCCCAGCAGCAGAUGGUAAACAAAACCAAAGCAUGGAUUGCUGUCUUACCUUGUCCAUAAACUGUUCACAUGAAGCCACACACCUCCCCUUCGGUCGACCAGCGGUUAUUUUCCAAACGACGUACAGCCUCCUCCUCCAUAGUGAUUUCAUCAGUGGAUACAGCCAGGAGCUCUCCAUGCCCCUAUGGACGUCAUUCACAGUGCCCAAACAAGAAGAAGUCACACCCCUCCCUGAGCCAGUGAGUGAGUGUGUGAGAGCAGACUUGCGGGUUCCUCCUGAACACAGCCAGGCCUGCACCACCUACAGCCAGGAUACAGACGUCUCCUAUGGCUUCCUCUAUCCACCAGAGCUGGCCCUGUCUCCUGAAUCAAAAUAUGAUGCAUCACUGAUCACAAACACCGUUCCCAUGUACCCUGCAUUUAAAAAAAUAUGGAGCUACCUCCAGGGGACUCUUCUCAAGCGCUACGCAGAGGAGAAUAACGGCAUCAAUGUGGUCACCGGUCCCAUCUUUGACAACAACUAUGAUGGCCUCCGGGACACCACCGUGAAGAUCAAAGAAUACGCCGCAGUCUCGGCUCCAGUCCCUACACACUACUAUGUAGUGAUCACCAGCUGUCAGGAUGUCAACCAGACGGCCGGGGUGUGUGACGGCCCCCUCAAUGUCUUCUCCUUCCUCCUACCCCACCGCUCAGACAACGACGAGAGCUGCAAGAGCUCAGAGGACGAGUCGCAGUGGGUGGAGGAGCUGCUGAAGCUGCACACAGCGCGGGUCAGAGACGUGGAGAUCCUCACAGGGCUGGACAUGUACCGCUCCACCACCCUGAACUACACCCAGACCCUCUCCCUCAAGACCUACCUGCACACCUUCGAGAGUGACACCUAAAACAGACACACACAAACUCACUCUCACUGCAUCUCUGUAUCGUUUUCUCUUUCUUCUCAAAUUUCAUACUGUGUUUCACAACCACUCUUCGUCUCUCCCCUCUUUGUCCCACUGGGCACAGAUGUAAAUUCAACGUCUAUUACACGUUGGUUCAAUGUAAUUUCAUUGAAAUGACGUGAAAAACAACUUUGAUUCAAACCGUGUGUGCCCAGUGGGGUCUCUCUCUUUCUCUCUCCCCAGUACAUGUCUGAUCCUUAGGUGUAUAUUUUUUAUAGUAUUUGUCAUAUUUAUUAUGUAGAGGAUAAUAAUGCUGCCACUUCGUCACACUAAUCCAGAGAGCUCUUGUGUUCGAAAUAGGAGUGGAGUUAGACUUUUGUUGUGUAUGGUUUGAGAGAAAGUGUUGUGUUGUGAAUUAAGUGUUUGUUUGGGGAAGUGGAGGAAUGGGUUGGAUUAGGUUAAUGGAAGCUUUCGGUUGCAGGAAGAUGAUGUCAUAUCCAGUGGUGGAAAAAGUGCCCAAUUGUCAUACUUGAGUAAAAGUAAAGUUAUCUUUAAUAGAAAAUUGAAAGUCCCCUAGUGAAAUACUACUUGAGUAAAAGUCUAAAAGUAUUUGGUAAUAAAUGUAAUUGUUAAAAUAUACUUAAGUAUCAAAAGUAAAAGUAUAAAUAAUUUCAAA